AUGGCGAAACGAAAGCGCGAUGUAUUGGAAGAGGACGGCUCAUAUAACUGGGGCGAUAAGAAACUGAGAAUACAGAGGCUACGCCUUGACCAGGCGGUCCAACAUGGCGUGGUGCUUCUUCAUCGUGCACUCAAAGUUGCCAGAGGAUUCGAACGGCAGAAGUUAGGUCGGAGAGAAAAGUCUGCAAGACAAGAGAGCGAUAGAAUGCUAUUGAAUCGGCGUUUGAAUGAGGUUGAAGCUUUGAAGGCCUUGGAUCUGCAUAAAACCGCCGAAAGAUACCUGAUAAAACAGAUGGUUAAAACGAAACGAAUUGCCGAAUCACCUGCAUUUAUUCAUUUGAAGCUUGCGGAGCGCAUAUCAAACGAGGAAAAGAAGGGUGAUGCUGAAGCCAACGUUUCUGCCCGGUUGUUCAACUCAAAUCCAGUGAAGAAAGUCUUUCCAGGGGUUAUGAAUGAUAUAAGGGAUAUACUUGGUUUGUCUGGGGACACGGAAUCGAAGAAAGUCGCAGCGAAAGGGGGUCAAAAACGGCUAGCCGAGCGUAUGCGAGAAGAUAUAGCCAUGGGCGAUAAUGAUGAGAGUACAGAUGGAGAAUCAGAAGGUUCUCAUGGCGACGAAGAGAUGAACAUGGCCCGUUUUGAUGGACUUGUUGCGUCUGGUUCGGAGAAUGGGGAUGGGAGUGACUAUGGGGACAAUAACAAAACGAGACCAGCAAGUGCAAGAUACAACCCAAUGGACGACAUGUCAUUAUCACCUACAUCAUCAGACACGUCUGACGAAUCAGAUGUUAUUACGACAAAGUCCUCGAAACCCAAACAAAAGUCUACUACAGCUACAACAUUUCUCCCGACACUCAUGGGAGGAUACUGGUCAGGCUCUGAAUCUGAGCCAGAGCAGGAUUACACAUCCGCCAUCCCUGAACGGAAGAAUAGGAUGGGCCAACAGGCAAGACGAAAGCUUUGGGAGAAGAAAUAUGGAAGUAAUGCGAGACAUAUCCAAAAGCAGGCGAAGGAACAAGCCCAAGGCAAGAAUCGGGAUAGCGGCUGGGAUUUACGCCGUGGAGCUACAACAGAGGAAGAUACAAGAGGAAGAUAUGGAAGAAAUAAAAUACGUGGAGGUCAACGGAAGGAGGCUACUGGAUCAAAUACAGCCCAGGUACAAGCUGUGCAGCCUACUCCAAAACCCGCGCCCCCUAACAACAACAAACCGCUUCAUCCUUCAUGGCAGGCGGCAAUUAAACGCAAACAGUCAAAAGCACAAACUUCAUUCCAGGGCAAGAAGGUUGUAUUUGACUAG